AAACCAUAGGGAGCAUACAUGCUAUUUUCAAAAUGUGAGGACUAAACGUGAAAAAACGUGAAACCACAGGGACCAUCCGAGCAAUUAACUCUUAUUUCACAUUUACCAAUCACAUUUUAUCUGGUUGGUAAAUUUGAACAGCCCCAAAUUGACAGGUACACAAAAAGGGAAAGAUACCUUAAAGUAAACCCCCAAACUAGUCACGUCGUCGUGCCACAUUUCUAACCACAUCAUCUCCGCAAGCUACUACUAGCGACUCAAAACCCUUCCACGACACCAACUAACUCUCAUUCAAUUCCCGCUUUUGAUCCACCAACAACCGCCCUAUAAUCCCUUAUAAAACCUCCUUCAUCUUUUGAUCCAUCCCUCCUCGCAACACCUUUCCGAUCUAACAAAACAAUGGUGGCCAGUGAUAACAAUCCAACCGUUGUCAUCAAUAAACUCAAGUUCACCUACCCUGGGAUCGACGGUCAUCCGCCUCCCGGUUCAGUUCCCCUAAUUGAAGAUUUUUCACUCACACUCAAUGCUGGUGAUCGUUGUCUUCUUGUUGGAUCUAACGGCGCUGGUAAAACGACGAUAUUGAAGAUAUUGGGAGGGAAGCAUAUGGUGGAGCCGGAGAUGGUUAGGGUUAUUGGCAGAUCGGCUUUUCAUGACACGUCGUUGACGUCUUCUGGUGAUCUUACUUAUCUUGGUGGAGAGUGGAGAAGAGAAGUUGCUUUUGCUGGGUUUGAUGUUGCAAUACAAAUGGAUAUUUCUGCUGAAAAAAUGUUAUUUGGCGUAUCCGGGGUUAAUCCUCAGAGAAGAGCUGAGCUAAUUAAGGUUUUAGAUAUUGAUCUGUCAUGGAGGAUGCAUAAGGUCUCUGAUGGUCAGCGAAGAAGAGUGCAAAUAUGCAUGGGCCUUCUAAAGGAAUUCAAGGUUCUUCUUCUUGAUGAAAUUACGGUUGACCUAGAUGUACUUGCCAGGGCUGAUCUUUUGACUUUCCUAAAAAAGGAAUGUGAAGAGCGCGGUGCUACUAUUAUAUAUGCUACACACAUAUUUGAUGGCCUUGAGAAUUGGCCUUCACACAUUGUUUACGUUGCUCAUGGGAAGUUGCAGUUAGCAUCGACUAUGGAAGAAGUCAAAAAGAUGAGCAACCUAUCUUUAAUGAGAACAGUAGAGCAAUGGCUGAGGAAAGAAAGAGACGAGGAGAGAAAGAGAAGGAAAGAGCGAAAAGCAAACGGACUUCCAGAAUUUGAUAGGCGUGUUGAUGGCACGCGGGUAACUGGGGACCCGGUUCGUGUGGUCAACAACGGUUGGGCUGCUGGUAGGCUGAAUUCCACAGUUGCCGGUGAAGAGAAUUUCGUGUAUAGUUCAAACAGGGUUAUUAGACAAUAGUCAAAAUUGAAAUCCAAGACACUAUCAAACAUCAUUGAAUCUUACUAUGAAGGUCUGUAAAAUGGUCUCAGAAAACUACAGUGAAGAGCAAAGUUAUUAUAUUACUUGUAUUGUUUUCAAACGUGUACACAUUAUGAAUCAAUCAUGUGUAACACAUUGAUUAGUUUGUUUCCUCCUACCCUAUUUUUUAUAAAGUUAUAAAAUAUCAUAAUUUUCAUUUCAA